AUGCCAGGAGAAUUAGAGAAGAAGCCAGUGGGUAAAAGAAAAAUAGAAACACUAUGCCACAUAGUCCUAAUAGGGUUUGCUCUGUUUGGCUGCAUUUUAAACGUAAGCAGGCUGGGGGAGAGAAAAAAUCAAGCAAUAGCCGAUAACGCCGAGCUUUUCCGAAAAAACUACAGCGCAGCUCUGCUGAAUGUAGUGGAGGAUCUUAAAACCCGGGACAUCAUAGAUCUGCACAACAUCUUUGUAAACCAGUCUGAGACUGACGGGGGGCUAAGCUCUGUGGGAGGAGUAGGGAUGCACUCUACUAACUACUACAUCAAGCCCGGGUCGGGCUGGAUAGGCAGCGAAGAGGAAACAGGCCCGGUAAUGAGUCUGAUAAAUAGACUAAUAACUAGCAAGGUCAAGAACCCGUUUUUAUUUGGGUUCAAGGACGUUGGCUUAGAGAUAUCUGAGCUGGUGGACAAAGUCUACAAGAGAAAGGGAUUUAUAAAUGGAUUCAAGGACAACCAGCUGAUCAGACUAGAGACCGAAAACUUCUUUAAAGGAGAUCUCUCCAAUGAAAAGUACGCUGUGGCCUUUGACAUGUUCUACUUUCUGCUAGCGGACAUGGGAGCUAGCAUAGACGUUAAAAGCCACAUCAAUGACAAUGCGAAGCUGACAAUUGACAAAAAAGAGUACAUCAUAGCUGCAUGCUAUCUAGGAGACAUCGUAACCCAGAUACUAGGAAAGCGCAUACCCGCAGCUGAUUUCUGUCCACAGACUGCCUCUCUCAGCAAGGAAGACUUUGCGAGCUCCAGAGUUGAAAGCGUGCUCAGUAAAGGAUCAAAAUAUUUCUUGAAAUAA